AAGAGAUAGCGCUUGCCUCGUUUCAAUCGCCUUGCGCGCACUGGCUUUUUAUCCCUGGCGUCGCUCAGCCGCACACCACUGCCCUCAUCGCGCAUCUCCGAUACCUCACCGCUCUGCGCAUAUUUAAGAGCGCCUGAGGUACCAUCUAUGACCUCUUCAGAAUACGAAUACGAUCGCGCCAUUGAAUUCAACAUCUCACCAACCAGACGAUCAACCACCACCUGAACAAACUCGACCCUGAUUUACCGAAACUCGACACAUCUUCAGCUUCAAGAGAAUGAAGGACGUCCUGGUGCAAAAGCCGGAAGCGAUAAAGGUGACCAAGACACAGGCAGUGGGGGACGAAUGCUUCUCGCCGUCAGCCAAUACCAAAGAACUGCCCUUUUUCAAAACCGUUGGCGGGUUAAAGCCAUCACAUCGUCGUCGGUCCUGCGGGGAUCUUAUCUCGUCGACUUCUACAUAUCUGAAUAAACUCCGUGAUACGGUCUUCAUCCCGGCGCUCAGUAUAUAUUCCUUCGCUCAGAGUCAGCUGACGAAGCGUGCGGCCACCGUUACCAAGUUUGCCGGUCUCGCGGGCUUUGCCAUCGCCUGUGUUGCCCUGUGGUCGACACUAUCCGCCAUGGAGGACGGCCGAAGGGCUUUGGCACUGGCCCAGUGGACAGCGAGGAAAGACUUCUUGGGGUAUUGCCAAUCGGUCAACUACACCGCCGCUGGUUGUGAGAAAGCGACGAAGACUUCCCUCAGCCCGCCGCCGAUAUUCGUCGCCAGUGACACGCCAGUAAUAACAAUACUAGGCUGCACUGAUGUCUCUUUCGGCCUCCCCGUCAAGGAUCACGCGCAAAUACCGACUGCCGGGCUGUACGGGAUCAUCGAGUUCGCCGACCUCUUGCCUCCCCCGCUUCCAAUCGCCUAGCGGGGUCCUUUCCUUGAUGUAUUGUGCAUAGUUGGGCGACGGGUCAUUGUGGAGUUGGGUGAUUUUGGUAGAUUUUCGGGGCGUUAAGGUGCAGCUUGCAACGGUUGCUUGGGUGGACGGACUGAUCAGGGGGCGGAUGGUGAUGGACACGGAUGACGGAAGCAAGGAAAGGACCUCUUUUUUAUUCACCAGUUGUUUUCGCAGGGUCUCUAGUAUUCCCAUUUAAUAGAUCA